AUGGCUGUGUGGAUACAAGCUCAGCAGCUCCAAGGAGAUGCCCUCCAUCAGAUGCAGGCGUUAUAUGGUCAGCAUUUCCCCAUUGAGGUUCGACAUUAUUUAUCCCAGUGGAUUGAAAGCCAAGCUUGGGACUCAAUAGAUCUUGAUAAUCCACAGGAGAACAUUAAGGCCACUCAGCUCCUGGAGGGCCUGGUGCAAGAGCUGCAGAAGAAGGCGGAGCACCAGGUGGGGGAAGAUGGGUUUUUACUGAAGAUCAAGCUGGGGCACUAUGCCACGCAGCUCCAGAACACAUACGACCGCUGCCCCAUGGAGCUGGUCCGAUGCAUUCGCCAUAUCUUGUACAAUGAACAGAGGCUGGUCCGAGAAGCCAACAAUGGUAGUUCUCCGGCUGGAAGUCUUGCUGACGCCAUGUCCCAGAAGCAUCUUCAGAUCAACCAGACAUUUGAGGAGCUGCGACUGGUCACACAGGACACAGAGAAUGAGCUGAAGAAGCUGCAGCAGACUCAGGAGUACUUCAUCAUCCAGUAUCAGGAGAGCCUGAGGAUUCAAGCUCAGUUUGCCCCGCUGGCCCAGCUGAACCCUCAGGAGCGUCUGAGCCGGGAGACGGCCCUCCAGCAGAAGCAGGUGUCCCUGGAGGCCUGGCUGCAGCGCGAGGCCCAGACGCUGCAGCAGUACCGCGUGGAGCUGGCCGAGAAGCAUCAGAAGACGCUGCAGCUGCUGCGGAAGCAGCAGACCAUCAUCCUGGAUGACGAGCUGAUCCAGUGGAAGAGACGGCAGCAGCUGGCCGGGAACGGAGGGCCCCCCGAGGGCAGCCUGGACGUGCUGCAGUCCUGCCCGCAGGUGAAGGCCACCAUCAUCAGUGAGCAGCAGGCCAAGUCUCUGCUCAAGAACUCCGAGAACACCCGCAACGAGAGCAGUGGGGAGAUCUUGAACAACUGCUGUGUCAUGGAGUAUCACCAAGCCACGGGCACCCUCAGCGCCCACUUCAGAAACAUGUCGCUGAAGAGGAUCAAGCGCGCUGACCGGCGGGGUGCGGAGUCCGUGACGGAGGAGAAGUUCACGGUCCUGUUUGAGUCUCAGUUCAGUGUUGGCAGCAAUGAACUUGUGUUCCAGGUGAAGACCUUGUCCCUUCCUGUGGUUGUCAUCGUCCACGGCAGCCAGGACCACAAUGCCACCGCCACUGUGCUGUGGGACAAUGCCUUUGCCGAGCCAGGCAGGGUGCCAUUCGCCGUGCCUGACAAAGUGCUGUGGCCGCAGCUGUGUGAGGCGCUCAACAUGAAAUUCAAGGCCGAAGUGCAGAGCAACCGGGGCCUGACCAAGGAGAACCUCGUGUUCCUGGCGCAGAAACUGUUCAACAGCAGCAGCAGCCACCUGGAGGACUACAGCAGCAUGUCGGUGUCCUGGUCCCAGUUCAACAGGGAGAACUUGCCGGGCUGGAACUACACCUUCUGGCAGUGGUUUGACGGGGUGAUGGAGGUGUUGAAGAAGCAUCACAAGCCCCACUGGAAUGACGGGGCCAUCCUAGGUUUUGUGAAUAAGCAACAGGCCCAUGACCUGCUCAUCAACAAGCCCGAUGGGACCUUCUUGUUGCGCUUUAGCGACUCAGAAAUUGGGGGCAUCACCAUUGCCUGGAAGUUUGAUUCCCCGGACCGCAACCUGUGGAACCUGAAGCCGUUCACUACGCGGGACUUCUCCAUUCGUUCCCUGGCCGACCGGCUGGGGGACCUGAGCUACCUCAUCUACGUGUUUCCUGACCGCCCCAAGGAUGAGGUCUUCUCCAAGUACUACACUCCUGUGCUCGCUAAAGCAGUUGACGGGUACGUGAAGCCACAGAUCAAGCAAGUGGUCCCUGAGUUUGUGAAUGUGUCAGCCGAUGCCGGGGCCAGCGCCACCUACAUGGACCAGGCCCCCUCCCCAGCGGUGUGCCCCCAGGCCCAUUACAACAUGUACCCGCAGAAUCCUGACCCCGUCCUCGACCAGGAUGGAGAAUUCGACCUGGAUGAGACCAUGGAUGUAGCCCGGCACGUGGAGGAUCUCUUACGCCGACCCAUGGGUAGUCUUGACCCUCACCUCUCCGCCCCCGCUGGUCUCUUCGCCACUGCCAGAGGCCCCCUCUCAUGAGUGUUUGAAUCCCAUACUUCUCUUUGGCAGCAGUAUUCAAUGUGGAGAGGUCAUAUUGUGACUUUAGUAUUGCUGUGCACGCUGACGCCUUUGCAGGCAGCUUGGGUACGCGUGCGUGUGUGUUGUUCGUGCGCGCUGUGUGUGCCUGCCUCGCCUCUGCAGUCGUGAUCUGUGGCUGCAGUAGCAGCCGCCUUCUUCAGAUCAAGACAUCUGAGAGCCCACUGGGUCUCUGUCGUGGAAGAGACUGAGCUUCCGUUGUUGCAGGUACUCAAAGCAGGCAAACCUGUUCCUCCCACAUCCUUUAUCUGCUUAGCAGCUUUUUGAAUGAAAUUAUUCAAGAAGGGGAAGGGAGACAGGGAAUGUCUCUAAGCUUAAGUGUUACUCCUGAGUGAGCAGCUUUGCCCCCAAGCGUGUGUGUGUACACGUAUGUACACGCAUCUGUCCGCGUGCACAUGUGUUGGUCUAAUUGAUGCUUUCCCUCAGGAGAGAGAUUGGGGUUCAUGCUUGAGUAAUAUUUUAUACUUUAUUGAAUGUGGACUCCAGGCUUUUUGCAAACUCUCAGAGCUUGUCUAGGGCAUGGCCACGUCCUUAACAAGGUAGAGCUGGGUUAAUUUGAGUCAGAGCUGUCAGAGCUGCUCUGAGUUUGUACUUUCUUGGUCUCUUGUCCUUGAGCUUGUGGUGGAGGGGGGAGGCUUGGGCUUUGAGUCUGUGAUUCCAUUGCCCACAUGCUACGUGACCAUAUAUCCCCUCCCCGGCCUUCUGUCCCUGCCUGUUUGCAGCCUUGCUUACAGGAGAGGAGGGAGAGACUGGUCCAGGAUGUGGUGGGUGAACAGGGGGCCUGGGACUUGUAGGGUUGAUCCCCUCCCUCCUGGAAAAAAAAAAACACGGCAAGAGACAGCAGCAGAUCAGCCACUUGCUGCAUGCCUGUGGCAUGUGGAGUGUGGGGCAGAGCCGCUCUCGUUGGAUGCUGCUGGGAGGUGGAAUCUGGAAGAGGCCUCACGCUGUUGCAUAACCAGCUAUGGUCUGAGCAGGCCUUGCUCCCAGCCUUGCCCAGUCCUCCCUCAGAGGCCAUGCCACAUGCAGCCAGGGCAGCGAGCGCGGAAGGCUGGGAGUCCCAGGUUUAAACAUCUCUGAAGGGAGGUGGGGCCGAGAAGAGGGAUUCUUUUGUUCUUUGUACAUAGGCCACACAUUUGUGUAAACAGUGUUUUUGAAUAAAAUAUUUUUUUCAUAA